AUGCCACGACCAUGGGUUGACCAAAAGCAAUCGGGGAGGGCCUACUUCCACAUCGUCCUAGAGCCAUGGCUUGUAGGACCAGCUGAACUUGUCGGAUCUUGGUUCAUCCACAUCGACUUGCCCUCAGCUCCUGCGUUUCCCACAGCGGAUGCCGUAGAGGCAGCUGCUCGCCAGAUCGAAGAGUUAGCCUCAGAACACGUCCUAAAUAGACGCACGUCUAAUGAAGUCUUCAAUCCCGCCGGACACAUUGACGCCAUCCUGCUUUCUUUUCACUACUAUGAUCAUGUACAUGAGGCCACUCUCCGAGAGUUCCAUGGAAACGUGCCAGUGAUUGCAACUCCCCAGGUAGCUCGCAUCAUCAGGCCUUGGAACCACUUUAGUACCAUAGCCAUCAUCCAUGAUCUCAAACCUGCAGCUACCUCGUGGCGCGUGUCAGAGUUGCAUCCUGGGCCAUGUCUCCCCCCGUGGCUCGCGGUGCUACGCCUCCCAGGACACCGCGAGAUGAACUUCUCAACUGCCAUUGUCUGGACACACGUGGAAGACAACGGCGCCGAGGUGCACGAAACUAUCUUGACCUCGCCACACGGCACCUUGUUGGACCAAGGCCCGUUUCAAGCCUUCGUCGACUCAGAGCCAAAGACCCGCAAGCUCGCCAUGCUCCACGGCAACAAGGAGAGCCACAUCGGCGGCAAGAAAACUAGCUUCGGUGCCAAAAGCGGCCUGGAACUCUACCGAAAGCUCGGAGCACCAAAAUACUGGGUUCUUUCUCAUGACCUGCCGCUGGCUUACACGGGCAUCUUUAUGCGCUUGUCGCGCGCGGCAGAUACUCCACGGACGUUGGAAUGGGCAUUGGGCCACGAGUUUCUAGAGCAGGGUUUGCAUAGGAAACGACCUGAUGUUUUUCAAGUGACAAACGGCGGUUGUUUAGUUUUGGAAGCCUAG